UAAAAACCAGACAUAUAAACAGGUGUGACAUAACCUAAAUAAAUCUGUCAACCUCUUGCUUCUCCGGCCAUCGAUCAAUGAAAAUAUCUAAGAAUUAGUGAUGUACACGAAAUGUCUCGCUUUUGCUGGUAUCGCGUUUGCUUGUUGCAUACUGCUCGCAAGAAUAUAUUACUUGAUACUUAUCAAACGUAAUAAGCCCAGGAAAGGCUCUUGUCCAGUCAAAACGAUGAUAAUACUAGGCUCCGGUGGACACACAGCUGAGAUGCUGCGUAUUGUUAAGCAUUUCGACCUUACGAACUAUUCGCCUAGAAUAUACGUUCACGCACAGACUGAUAAGCUCAGCGGGGAAAAAGUCAGGGACCUGGAGAGUGGCAAUCAGGACUACAAGAUCGUAGAGAUCUACAGGAGCCGGGAAGUCCGGCAAUCGUACUUCACCUCAGUCUGGACCACCGUGCUGUCCACUCUAAAUUGCUUCCCAGUCCUGUGGAGAGAAGAUCCCGAGCUUAUCUUGUGCAACGGUCCUGGCACCUGCGUCCCCCUAUGCGCCAUAGCAUUUUUGUUUAAAGCGCUGUGCAUCGGACAAAGCGUUGUUGUAUUUAUGGAGAGUUUCUGCAGAGUUAAAACGUUCUCGUUGACGGGGAAGAUUCUGUAUUACUUAGUCGAUCACGUUAUUGUGCAGUGGGCAUACCUGAGCAAACCUGUGUACAGCAGGAGCGUCUUCCUAUAAAUAAAAGCUGCCUGCUUCAAUCAUUCGCA